AUGUCGAAUACAAGCGUUGCUGAGCAAGCUGCUGCACCAGUUGUCAGUGAAUCACCAAUUAUUAUAGAACGAUGGGAACGAGAUUUUUCACAGACAAAAACUGAUGGAAUU